AUGUUUUUGAUCAUCUUUUUAUACAUAUAAGCUGUAUAUACUCAGUUUAUUGCCACAUAAAUUAGAAAUGACAAAUAAAUCCAACAAUAUAAAUUGCAUACUCUAAAUGAGAUUAUUUUCAGGAAUGGAUAAUAAAUAAUAUAAACUAAAAUCUUAAUUCUUGAAAUUAGAUUUGAAACUGCAUCAUAAGUUGAUAUUUAGAUAUAUGAUGAAGAUCAAACACAUUUUAGAAUUCCUAAAUUUCCUGUAAAUAUUUCUAAUCACAUAAGCCAUUCAAUUAUAAAGACAUUGAUAAUCCUGAACCUUUAGACAGUUAUAAUUUUAGUUUAAAAAUCCAAAACGACCCAGUAAAAAUUGAGAUUUACAGAGAUGAUAGAGCAAUAUUUACAAUAUCUGAAUUGGCAUUUAGUGAAAAUUAUAUAGAGUUUACACAUUAUCCUCAAAACAAGUAAAUGUGGGGUUUGGGAGAAAGAAACCAAGUUGGAUUUCGUUUUAAAUAAGGAAAUUAUACAUUAUAUGCAAGAGAUGAACCAAAUAUAAUCGAAGAUGGUUAGAGACCAGGAAAGCAUGUUUAUUCAAGUCAUCCUGUUCUAUUGAGUAUGGAGGAGAGUGGUAAAUACAAUAUUAUGUUUUAUAAAUCAUCGUCUCCAAUGGAUGUAAUUUAUACCUAGGAUAAAAUGAAAUUUAUCACUAUAGGAGGUAUAAUCCAUAUAAAAAUGUUUUUGGGUGAUGAAUCACCUAGAAAUGUUAUAAAAAAAUAUCAUAAUUAUUUAGGAGGAUGGAUAUUACCUCCAUUUUGGAGUUUUGGUUUUCAUUAAAGCAGAUGGGGAUAUAGUAACAGUUAAAAGUUAGUUGAAGUAGUUUAAUAAUAUUAAAAACAUCAAAUCCCGAUAGAUACAAUUUGGUCAGAUAUAGAUUAUAUGAAAGAUAAAUAAAUAUUUUCAAUAGAUUAAAAUAGAUUCACAAGAUAAGAUUAUGAUAUUUUACAAAAUUUAGGUGUUAGAUAUGUACCUAUAAUUGAUGUUGCUGUUGGUGUAAAAUAUGGAAACCAAGAUGAAGGUUAUAAAAAAGGAACAGAAUAUGAUAUUUUUUUAUAUUCUCCAGAAAGUGGUUACAGAUUUUAGGGAAGAGUUUGGCCUGGAGAAUCAUAUUUUCCUGAUUUCUUUCAUCCAAAUAUAAGUAAAUAUUGGAAUGAAAUGCACAUCCAUCUUUACAAUUAAGUAAAAUUCGAUGGACUUUGGGUUGAUAUGAAUGAACCUGCUAAUUUUUGCGAUGGAGAGUGUCAAUAAGACAGAAAAUUGCAUGAUCAUUAAUAAAAAAUUGAUAAAUUAAAUUAGGAAAUUAAAUUUGCUUACAUUCCUGGAGAAAUUUCAUUAGCUCAUAAAACUCUUCCUCCAAAUCUAAUUCAUAAUGGAAAUCUGCUACAUAAAGAUGUUCAUAAUCUAUAUGGUAUAAUGGAUUCCUAUUAUACAUUUUAAGCAUUAAAAGAAUUAGGCAAAAUUUAACCACUUUAAAUUACUAGAUCAACAUUUCCAGGUUCUGGAUAAUAUGCUUAACAUUGGACAGGGGAUAAUGGAGCAACAUGGGAAUUUCUUUAUUUAUCUUUAGGAUAAAUAUUUUAAUUUUAAAUAUAUGGAAUUCCAAUGGUUGGAGCUGAUGUUUGUGGAUUCGUAGGAAAUACUAAUUAUAAACUCUGUUCAAGAUGGAUUUAAUUAGGAAUCUUUUAUCCUUUCUUUCGAAAUCAUAAUGACGACUAAUCUAAAUCAUAAGAAUUUUAUCAUUUAAAUCAUACAGUUAUUUAAGCUGCUUAAAAGAAUAUUCAUCUUCGAUAUUCUCUUCUAAAAUGGUUUUACUCUGCCUUCAUUAGAGAAUAAAAUCAUGGAACAAGUAUUUAUUUCACUUUAAUUUAGUCAUCAAUCCAUUAUUUUUUAUUUUUCCUAAAGAUUAUUUGACAUUUAGAGAUUUUGUUAUGGAUACUUAACUUAUGAUUGGAAAUGAAUUAAUGGGUGUUCCUAUUUUAGAUGAAGGAGUCACAAGAAAUGCUUAUUUUCCAGAAUCUAAUUGGUAUGAUCUCAAUACAGGUUUAGAUUAUUAAGGUCAAUAAGAUCAUGUUAUUUAUUGUUCUUAUAAUGAUUUAGCACCUAUUUUUAUAAGAAGUGGAUAUUUGAUACUUUAGAAUUCUAAAGAACUCAUUUCAAAUGUCAAAUCUUUAGAUAAUCAUUAUAGAUUGAUUGCUGCUAUUUAAAAUUAAAUUUCUAUAGGAAUUUUUGCAGAUUUAGAUAAUUUUGAAGAUGAAGAAAAAGCCAUCAAAGCUUAACUUAUAGAUUUAAAAUUGGAAAUUAAAGAAGAUAAUGUCAUCUUAAAUCUUUCGUAAUGUCAAUCAGAAAUCAUCAUUGAUGAAAUUAUAAUCUACGGAUAAGAAUGUAUUUUUUAAAAGUGUAUAUCUGGGUUUUAUAAAUAAAAUUCUAUUUUUAUAGGUCCUUUUUAUUUUGGAAAAGAUAACUUGAAAUUAGUAUUAUAAUGA